AUGCUCCUGCAACAAAGUAUGGGUUACCUUGUACUACAGCUUGUGGACUUUACCAGCUUGGAGAACAAUGUGACAGUUCGUAAAGUGAUCAAAACAUUCCAGGAAGAGUGUACUGUAGUAGUGAGUGUGGUAGGAGGUAUUGUAGUGGAGCUAGACAGUGUUAGUUGUUGUCAGGGCCUCGUUGAGGAGCCAAGGAUCUGGAAGGAUACGCUCACUGCACUGCCAGAGAUGCUGAAGCCGCUGGUGCUGGUAGGAGCGACGCUGACGGUCUGCUGCGCCAUCAUCGUCCACGACCCUCCGGAGCAGCUCUACGACUGGUACUACGCUGGUCCCGAGUUCGGGUUCAUCCCCGUAGCUAGGGUACGCCCUGUGUACUCCGUCGCAAGAGCCAUCCUCCCUGGCAGAGAGCACGAACCUGACACAUAUGACCUACACGGCCUCUACCAUCCAUGACGAUAACCUUGUAUUGUAAUUUAUUUCUUAUCUAUUUUGAUUUAUGUUUUAUGAAGUCUUUGAACAAUCCUAUAGCCAUAUUACCAGAGUAAGAAGAUGAAAAAUAUUAUAUUUGAUUUUCACUAAUGUUGUAAA